AUGAUAGGCUCCAUUACUGAAACAUGGAAUACAUCCAUUGAAGCAUGCCCAACUGGUUUUCAUCCUGGUGAAUUUGCAGUUCAAACAUGUUUUCUUGGUCGAUAUGGUGAAGAUAUAGGUUCUGAUCAAUUUGGUGCAACAAUCAUGGUCAGUGCUAGUACGGAUAGUUCUGAUGGUAUACAACGAGCGAUACUGCGUUUAUCAAAUGUUGAAGUAUACAAUGUCGGUCAAGCAUUUCGUCUUGGUCGAUAUCCAGUUCAUUUUCAUAUGAAUGGCAAUAUGAAUUUAUCAUAUAUUAAAUCAUCAUCCAUUCAUCAAACAUUUAAUAGAGCUAUUAAUAUUCAUGCCAGUCAUUAUGUCACAAUAGAAAAUAAUAUCAUCUAUAAUGUUAUGGGUGGAGCAAUCUUUUUAGAAGAUGGUGUUGAAACUGGUAAUGUUUUAUAUGGUAAUUUAGCUGUGUAUGUUCGAACAAGUUCAAGUUUACUCAAUGAAGAUGUAACACCAGCGGCUUUUUGGGUGACCAAUCCGAAUAAUAUCGUCGUGAAUAAUGCUGUUGCUGGUGGUACUCAUUUUGGUUAUUGGUAUCGAAUGCUUCGAACACCUGAUGGACCAUCAUUUGCAAUGUAUUCAAAUUAUUGUCCUUAUCGGCAACCAUUUGGUCGAUUUUUUAAUAAUAGUGUACAUAGUGUUGGUCGUUUUGGUGUUUGGAUCUUUCCUGAAUAUUCACCAACAGUAGCGGGUAAUUGUUGGAAUGAUGCACCCUAUCAAGCAAUAUUUGAUGGAUUGAUAUCAUGGAAAAAUUCUAAAGGUUUUGAAUGGGUUAUGUCAAGUUCAAUUCAAAUAAGAAAUGCAAUUGUUUUUGAUAAUGAUGAUACGGGUAUUCGAUGUGUUACUGCUAUUAAUCAUCAAGCAACAAAUCUGCCAAAACUUCGUGCUACAUUUUAUAAUGAAAGUAAAGGUUCAUCAGUAAUUAAUUCAAUCAUAAUUGGUGACUCAGGAGUAUCGGGAAAUCCAAUCGUACCAACAGAAGGUGGUCUUGUUGUUAUGUGGGAUCGUGGUCUUCGUGUCCGAAAUAUUUCAUUUAUCAAUUUUCCAAGUUCAAAUACGCAAGCUAUUUAUGGGCCAUUUAUUACUGGUCGCUGCAUCGUAUAUUGUGGAGGUUGGUUAACUAAAUUUUCUCAAUUAUCAUUUACAAAUGUAGCUAAUCGAGGUAAUUUUCGAUGGUCAUAUGAUGGUUUAUAUCAAGAUGAAGAUGGCUCAUUAUCUAAUGUAUCUGGUGCAAUAAUUUUGGCACCUGAUGGUCUUUGGAAUACAUCAAAUGCAUGUCGAACAACACCGAACUUUAUCAAUGCUAUUACAUGUCCAUCAUCAUUAGGUACAUGGAUACGAUUUGCUUUUAAUAAAGCUAGUUUAGGACAAAAUGGUGAAUAUUUAAAUGUUUAUGAUGAAUUCAAUCAUCAUACUAUUGUACUUAAUCUUGCUAAACGACUUACACAUCCGAUUGGUUAUAUGAUGACAUUAUUAUCUAAAAAUAUUUAUUUAUUUCAAUUUCAAAAUGCUAAUAGUUCAGUCAAUUUAUCUUAUUCAGGUAUUGCUUAUGGUUUAGAACCUGGUGAUUAUCUUAUUAUACGUCAUAAGAUUGACUAUAAACCUGAUAUUGUCUAUACAGUUUCAAGUUCAUUAACACUUAGUCAAUCAAAUACACCACUUAAUGGUUCUACAAGUAACAAUGGUGAUUGGUAUUAUAAUACUAAUACAUCAAUGUUUUCUUAUAUUAUAAAAAAUCCAUCGUCAAAUACCGUCUCAAUUGAUGUAUCAAUCUCACUAAAUAUCAUCAAAUGUCGAUAUCCUAAUUGUGAAUCCCCACCACAGCCUGGUCUUGAAUUACCUGCAACCGUUCGACCAGCUAGUGCAUUGUAUUGGUCAAAUGAUUCAGAUUGGUCAUUUGUAUUAGAAGGCUACGGUGGAUAUGGAAGUGUUAAACCUGGUGAUGAUACAAAUAUAUAUAUUCCUCGUGGUAUAUGGCUUGUUGUAAAUUAUCCCUUACCUCGUAUUCGUUCAUUACGUAUCGAUGGUGUACUCGAAUUUGAACAAGGUGUUGAUAAUACUCUUAUUGUUGAUAGUAUUCUAAUUAAUGGUGGUCAAAUGAUUGUUGGUUGGCCGAAUAAGCCACUUACUUCCAAAGUUGAUAUUAUCAUCAAUGGUUCCUCAACAAUAAAUGUUUUAUUACCUAAUGAUGCUGGAUCUAUUGGAACUAAAGUAAUCGGUGUUUUAGGUGGUCUUGAUUUACAUGGUCUAAAACGUAAUGUAUCAUGGACACGUCUUGCUACAACAGCUUCAUCUGGUCAAAAUACAAUUACAUUAAAUCAACCAGUUGAUUGGAUAGUUGACGAUGAAAUUGUAUUAACAACAACAGAUACAAAUAUUGAACAUACAGAACGACAUACUAUUGCAAAUAUCAGUAUAGAUAAAACAAGAAUCAUAACAGUUAAUCCUCUUGUUUAUACACAUGUUGUUAUUCAUAAUGUAUUUCCUAAUGGAAAAAUAUUUCAUAUAGCUGGUGCUGUUGGUCUUUUAACACGAAAUAUACGUGUAAUUAAUCGAAGUCCAGCUUCGGAAUUAUUUGGUUUUCGAAUUCUUAUUACUGAUUAUGCAGCAAAUAUAUGGAAUCCAGUAGCAAAUGACUAUAUUUAUACAUAUUAUAAAGGUUAUGCUCGAUUAUCUAAUACACAAUUUAUUGGUUAUGGCCAAUAUGUUGAUUCAGCCAAUGAAGAUAAACGUGAAGGUGUUCAUAUAUAUAAUCUUGGUAAUUGGAAUUCUUCUCGGCCAACAUAUAUUGAUUCAUGUUCAUUUGAUGGAGGUUAUUAUUCAGCAAUUGGUAUAUGGGAAACACAUGGUAUUCCAAUAACAAAUAAUGUUGUUUAUAAAACUUAUGAAUCAGCAAUUGUUGUAACAGGAAAAAAUAGUAUUAUUGAAAAAAACCUUGUUUCAACUAUUUAUUGGUCAGGUACAGCUCAGCCAAAAUUAGCAGAAUUUAAUAAUAAUAAUGAUGGAGCUAUCAUGUCAAAAGAUGCUAUUAGUGUAAUUAUGAAGGACAAUUUAGUAGCAGGUGUAGAACGUUUAGCUUAUCGUAUUCAAGGAAAUUCUUGUUCGGGAACUGUUUUGCCAAAUGAUAUAAAUAAUGAUUAUUCAAAUAAUGAAGUUCAUUCAGCAAUGUCUGGCGUUAAUAUUUGGCCUAUGGAUAAAGGUUUUGAAUAUGAUUUGAAUUGUAUAUUGAUCCAUGAUUUCAAAACCUAUAAAGCAUGGUAUUAUGGUCUAUAUAUCAAUACAGCUCGCAAUAUUAUUAUUGAUUCGUGUACAGUAGCCGAUGGUAAUGUUGGUAUAUUUACAUUUGUUAUUGGCCCUACAGCUCUAUCUCAUGUAGUUGGUAAUAAUUCAGUAACAAUUCUUAAUUCAAUGGUUAUAGGUUCUAUAACACCUGAUGAUUGUAAUGAUACUCCAAAUACUACUACUGUCAGUUUAAUAAAUAGUGUAAAAGCUAUUCCAACUGUAUCAGCUACAUCAUCAACAGGAAAUCCUGGUGGUCGAUCAGGUAUUGUCUUUCCAUUUUUUUCACGUGACAAUUUGAUGCCACGUCAUCCAUGGACUGGUAUUGCUGCUUAUCCAUGUAUUGAUGGUUUAAUGACAAUAAUAAAUGUAACAUUAACAUUUUAUAAUGAUAUAUGUUCACGUCGUGAUAUAGCCAUUCAAGUUGGACAACAUAAUGAUGAUGGUCAACAUCCAAUAGUAACUAAUUUAAUAUCAGUAUAUAAUACAUCACAGAUGAAUUUGAUAUUUAAUGGGCGACCAAAUCUUGAUGUUGUUAAUCCGAGUGAUUGUGUUGAUAUGGAUUGUGAUGGUUUAAAAAAAAAUUUACUUAUUGAUACUGAUGGAACAUUAUUUGGUCAACCAGCAAGUGUUUUUUCUCAAGCUGAAUAUCUUUGGGGUGAUCAACAACAUGGUGUUGGUGAUUAUCGUAUUCCAUUAGUUGCAUUAGCAAAUCUUACAGGUCAUAUGAUAAAUAUAAAUACUUUAUAUCCUAAUCGUGGUAUUAGUCGUGCAUCAACAUGUAUUUAUCAAUCAUCAUGGCAAAUGUAUAUCUGUCCAAAUACAACUGAUUAUCGAAUGUUAAUUAUUGAAAAUAUAGAUUCAGAUACUGAAACAAGACGUCUUUCACCUGUAGCUAUUAUGUCUGAUAAUGGUUAUAUUGAUUUAAUAAAUGGACCACAAGAUCAUGGUUGGUGUAAUGGAUAUACAUGUCAAAAACGUAUAUCAACAUUUAUGUCAUUAAUACAAUCAAAACAUUAUUAUGAUAUAUAUUUAUCAAGUACAACACCAAAUCAUAUACGUUUUCGUUUACUUAAUAGUGAUUCAUCAAUAGUCAACACUUUAUCACUUUAUUAUGAUUCAUUACAACAAAUUGAUGUUUAUGCUAAUAAUAUUUAUGUAUCACCAGUAAAUCGUGAUUAUAGUUAUAGUUAUUUAAUGUUAUCUGAUCAACCAAAUAAUAUAACAUUUACAUCAAUAUCUGGUUCAAAUUAUUUUAAUAGAACAACAAGAAUGGCAUCAUUUUUAAUUAAUGGUAUUACUGUAAUUGAUUUAAAAAUAUCUCAAUUACUUGUACUGAAUUUUAAUUUACCACCACAAACACCAUCAUCAUUUUUUUCAUUGAAUUUAACUGCUAAUCUAGCUGCUAUACUAGGUGUCAGCCCAGAUAAAAUACGACGUGUUAAUAUCGUUGCAGCUAAUAACAAUAAUAAUAAUAGUCGUAUUCGUCGUCAAUUGUCAAUAAUAACAUUAACUGUUGAAAUACGUGAUGAUCCAGUGGCAAAUUUAUCAGCCAAUUCUGCUGUUGAAACCGAACCAAUUUCAAAUAUUUGUUCAGCUAUUAUUAAUCGUUAUCAAUCAGGUGAAUUACAUCAAGCAUGGGCAGAAAAUCCGUUCACUGGUAAUACAACACCGAUAGAUUUGAGCAUUCAAGAACCAUUUAAUCAAUCAUCUAUAUCAUUAAGUAUAAUUCAUCGAAUAGAACUUGUUACACUUCCGUCAUCUUGUCGUGAACAAAGUCCAUGCGGUACGCAACCAAAAUUAGUUGCAUAUGAUGAAGAUGGAAAUGUUAUAGAAAAAUUAGGAUCAAAUGAUCAACCAUGGCAAGUUACUGCUAGUGUUAUUGGUGAUUCAAAUAUAACAUUAAUUGGUGCAAUUGCAAAUUAUUCUAAUGGACAAACACAAUAUACAUCAUUUGGUUUAUCAGCUACAGGUAAUUAUCAAGUACAAUUUGCUUUUAUUCAACCAAAUAAUGUAACAAGUUCAUUUAUGUCUAAUAUAAAUUUAACAGCUAAUUCAUCAUCAUUAACAAUUACAAAAGCUAUAUUAGCUGCAAAACAAAUUGAUCAUAUAUAUGUUAUUUCAAUAAAUGAAACAUUUAAUAUAUCAGUUGUUAUUGUUGAUAGUCAAUCUCGUUUACCAAUUGAAAAUAUUCAUUGGCGUAAUAUGACAUGGUCAGCAAAUGUUUCACUUUAUAAUUUACCGGAGUUUAAUAGUAAUGGAACAUUAGCUAAAACAAAUACAUCAUCGAUUAUUAUUGAUGUAGCAAAAAGUACUAUAAUUGCAACAAAUUUAAUGAUUGAUACUAUUGGAAUGUAUGUUAUUAAAGUUCAAUUAGCAUCAUCGAAUAAUGAAUUUGUAUUUUCGCUUAUAUCAAAUGGGAUUUUAGUUAAAAAGAAUUCAACGACUCUUGAUAGUGAUAGUGGCUUCCCAUCAUCAUAUAUUAUAUUUGCUGGAGAUUAUGAUACAUUUCAAACAAAUGGUUUACUAGAAAUUAAAAGAGCAAUUAUCUAUAAUUAUUUAAUUUACAUUGGAAUGCCAAUUACGAGUGAUAUUACUGUAACAAAAGGUAGUAUUUUCACAUCGUUUGUUGUGGAUUCCAAUCCUACAAAUUUAGCUUCAGCUGUAGACACUAUUGCUUACGAUCCAAAUGCUAUGUCUGACUUAACAGCUACAUCAAUCAAUAUUAAUGGUAAAACAUAUUCGACUUCAGCUUCUUCAUCCGAUUCAACUAAUGAAAGUUCAUCAUCAAAUCGUACGACAUUAAUUAUUAUUAUUGUUGUGUGUCUUGUUGGUAGUGCAAUUAUUAUACUUGGUGUGUAUUUUGGUAUUAAAUCAUAUAAAAAACAACAUCAACGCCGUCGUCUUAUAGAUGCACUUACAGAUCAAUGUUCAACUAAUAAUGUUGAAAUGCAAACUGAUGAAAAUAUUACAACACAAACGGAAGCAAGAAAAAAUAAUUUUCAACUUACACAACAUGUAUUAGGUGCAGUUGGAAUUUCACCAAAGAAUACUAAUCAAGUUAAACCAUUAAUUACAAAUAUGGAAAAGACAGAUCGACCACCAUCAGGUUCUGUUAGUGUCACUAUGCUUGAUUUUACUAAUGUAAACAAUGACGAUCGUGAGAAUGGACCGUUACCAGCUGUUCAAUUGAAAAAAUAA